CCCACCCCCACCUUGUCAACUGCCAAGCUCAUUGCUCCAUACCAUCUCCCAAUAUCCCUCCCAGAUCUCUUACAGAAGCUAAAAUGGGUCCGUCCAGAUGCUUCAUCGCCAUGGCCGUCCUCUGGUUCGUCACGCUCUUCGUCCUUUCAUCGGGCUCGGACAUGUCGAUCCUCAGCUCCGCUGAGAAAUCUAGCUGGAGGACCGACGACGAAGUGAUGGCCAUCUACGAGGCCUGGCUGGUGAAGCACCGGAAAAACUACAACGCCCUGGGCGAGAAGGAGAGGAGGUUCCAGAUCUUCAAGGACAAUCUCCGGUUCAUCGACGGUCGGAACGCCGAGAACCGGACCUACAAACUGGGCCUGAACCGGUUCGCUGACCUCACCAACGAGGAGUAUCGGUCCAUGUACUUGGGGACCAAGUCCAGUUCCCGGCGGAGCCUUUUGAGGUCCAAGAAGAACCACCGGUACGCUCCCGUCGCCGGCGAGGCGUUGCCGGAGUCCGUCGACUGGAGGGAGAAAGGUGCCGUUGCUCCGGUGAAGGACCAGGGGGACUGUGGGAGUUGUUGGGCGUUCUCAGCAGUUGCUGCUGUGGAGGGAAUCAACCAAAUAGUGACCGGCGAUCUGUUGACGUUAUCCGAGCAAGAACUGGUGGAUUGCGAUAGAGGUUAUAAUCAAGGAUGCAAUGGCGGCGACAUGGACCUUGCUUUUGAGUUCAUUAUUAUCAAUGGUGGCAUUGAUACUGACGAAGAUUAUCCCUACACUGCUAAAAAUGGUGCAUGCGACCAAUACAGGAAAAAUGCAAGAGUUGUUACAAUUGAUGAUUAUGAAGAUUUGCCCGAGUACGAUGAGAAGGCGUUGCAGAAGGCAGCAGCAAAUCAGCCAAUUAGCGUUGCCAUUGAAGGUUCUAGCAUGGAUUUCCAGUUCUAUUACUCGGGCGUAUUCACAGGAGAAUGUGGAACAGACCUAGACCAUGGUGUUACCGUUGUUGGAUAUGGUACAGAAAACGGCUUGGAUUACUGGAUUGUGAAGAACUCAUGGGGCGAGGACUGGGGAGGAGAAGGUGGUUACAUUAGGAUGGAGCGUAAUGUUGCUAGUAUUUCCGGUAAAUGUGGGAUAGCAAUUGAGCCAUCUUACCCCAUCAAGACAAGCCAAAAUCCUCCCAACCCCGGCCCAACUCCUCCCUCCCCUCCCGGUCCCAGCCUAGUCGUCUGUGACGAAUACUAUACCUGUCCCGAGGGCAACACUUGCUGCUGCGUGUUCGGUUUCUCCAUUGAGUGCCUCUCAUAUGGUUGCUGCCCGUAUGAGAAUGGCUCCUGCUGUGAUGACCACGAAUCCUGUUGCCCCCACGACUAUCCCAUAUGCGACCUAGCUGCCGAUGAAUGCUUAAUGAGCAAGAACAACCCGAUGCGGAUGAAGGCAAAAAAGCGAUUUCACGCCGGGCCUCGUCGAAUUUCUGUGAAUGAUGGCAGAAAGAGCAGUGCUUAGGAAGGAUUAUGAGCAGUUUAGUUACUCUGAGCAAUUGCCUCAUUUCCACUCCGUUGCAUAUCAACAACAAACUGAGGAUCUUUUCAGCUUGUGAGUCUUUGCUGAUAUGUACAUACCCUGCUUUGGAUUCCAGAUUAUGCUUAAUGAAUAAGGUUAUGUAUACUUGUAGUGACGCCCAUACUUUAUCCCGUGGGAAUAAUAUUCUUAUCGGCUUCUGCUGAUAUCUCCCGUUA